AGAAGGGAGGCGAGGGACCCGCAGCUGCGACCCUCCGCGCCCGCGUUCUCGGGCUCCCGCCCACCUGAGCGCUCCCCGCCGCCGCAGGUCGCCCAGGCUCCGCCCCCCGGAGCUUCACCGCCCACCGCGCGCCCCGCCCGAGUGCGCCCAGCCUGCGCGCCGCGGCCUCCCUCACCCUCGGGCCCCGCAGACGCCGCAGCAACGCGUCCUCGUCGUUCUCGACGUCGCCGAAGACCAGCUCCUCCAAGCACCGCUCCACGGCCGGUUUGUCCUCCUCCAGCGUCAGGCGGUUCCGCUGCCGGAGCCGUCUCUCCUCCUCCGCCGCCGCGACUGCAAUCGCAGCGGCCGCCGCGCUUGGCCGGGCCGGCGGCUUCCGCUGGGAUGAAGGGGCAGGCUUUUGGGGAGGCCCGCCUGGCGCCGCUCCGGCUUUCCAGUCCGGCCUCAUUCCGGGCUUCCGCUUCGGCUUCGCUCGGGUUCUCCGGUCCAGUUUCAUUCGCCUCCUCCGUUCCGGCGGCAUCGUUAGGUUUGAGGAGAAACGCAGGCGCUCACGUGGAACCUCGCUGCGCAUGCGCCCAGGCGCCUCGCUGGCCGCCGCCGCCGAAGCCCCGAGGGCCGGAAGGAGCGUGCGCAGCCUCUUGCCACGUGACCAGCACUCCCUCCCUCUACGUAACUCCCACUCCCCUCCCCAGCCCCGCCCCGUGUGGGAGUUCCUCCGGGAGGGCCAAUCUUCCGGGUGUAGGGGGAAGCGGCGUGACUGGAGUGGAAAAUUUUUCCAACACAACUUCGCAGCUGCAACAUAUUGAAAGGAGCGCAAGAAAGCCCGAGUAUACACUGGGACGGCUGAAUGGAACUUCUGCUUUUCCUUUUGACUUUAACCUCUGGACACAAGCCCCAAUACGCUUUCCUCCCUUCGUCUUGGUACGGUCCGUGGAGUACGGAGCCUGCAGAGGGUCCCACGCUGGAAGCGAGAGAGGAGGAGUCGGAAGAGACAUUAGAGGUCAUCCAAAGCAGCCGUCCCCUCUGCAGCCUCUCUGACAAGUGGAAAAGAAGAGAUUCUUUCGGGAUGUUUGACGGUUAUGAUAGCUGCAGUGAGGACACAAGCAGCAGCUCCAGCUCCGAAGAGAGUGAGGAAGAAGUCGCUCCUUUACCUUCUAAUCUCCCGAUCAUCAAAAACAAUGGGCAAGUCUACACAUACCCAGAUGGUAAAUCUGGCAUGGCUACCUGCGAGAUGUGUGGGAUGGUUGGCGUCCGAGAUGCUUUUUACUCUAAAACAAAGCGUUUCUGUAGCGUUUCAUGUUCAAGAAGUUACUCGUCAAACUCCAAGAAGGCAAGCAUUUUGGCCAGACUUCAGGUAACGGGUAAGCCUCCAACAAAGAAAGCAAAAGUUCUUCAGAAACAACCUUUAGUUGCUAAGCUAGCCGCAUAUGCUCAAUAUCAAGCUACCUUGCAAAAUCAAGCAAAGACAAAAGCAGCAGUCUCCAUGGAAGGUUUCAGCUGGGGUAACUACAUCAAUAGCAAUAGCUUUGUAGCAGCUCCAGUUACCUGUUUUAAACAUGCACCUAUGGGGACCUGCUGGGGUGAUAUCUCAGAAAAUGUGAGAGUAGAAGUUCCCAAUACAGACUGCAGCCUACCUACCAAAGUCUUCUGGAUUGCUGGAAUAGUAAAAUUAGCAGGUUACAAUGCCCUUUUAAGAUAUGAAGGAUUUGAAAAUGACUCUGGUCUGGACUUCUGGUGCAAUAUAUGUGGUUCUGAUAUCCAUCCAGUUGGUUGGUGUGCAGCCAGCGGAAAACCUCUUGUUCCUCCUAGAACUAUUCAGCAUAAAUAUACAAACUGGAAAGCUUUUCUAGUGAAACGACUUACUGGUGCCAAAACACUGCCUCCUGAUUUCUCACAAAAGGUUUCAGAGAGUAUGCAGUAUCCUUUCAAACCUUGCAUGAGAGUAGAAGUGGUUGACAAGAGGCAUUUGUGUCGAACACGAGUAGCAGUGGUGGAAAGUGUAAUUGGAGGAAGAUUAAGACUAGUGUAUGAAGAAAGCGAAGAUAGAACAGAUGACUUCUGGUGCCAUAUGCACAGCCCAUUAAUACAUCAUAUUGGUUGGUCUCGAAGCAUAGGUCAUCGAUUCAAAAGAUCUGAUAUUACAAAGAAACAGGAUGGACAUUUUGAUACACCACCACAUUUAUUUGCUAAGGUAAAAGAAGUAGACCAGAGUGGGGAAUGGUUCAAGGAAGGAAUGAAAUUGGAAGCUAUAGACCCAUUAAAUCUUUCUACAAUAUGUGUCGCAACCAUUAGAAAGGUGCUAGCUGACGGAUUCCUGAUGAUUGGGAUCGAUGGCUCAGAAGCAGCAGACGGAUCUGACUGGUUCUGUUACCAUGCAACCUCUCCUUCUAUUUUCCCUGUCGGUUUCUGUGAAAUUAACAUGAUUGAACUUACUCCACCCAGAGGUUACACAAAACUUCCUUUUAAAUGGUUUGACUACCUCAGGGAAACUGGCUCCAUUGCAGCACCAGUAAAACUAUUUAAUAAGGAUGUUCCAAAUCACGGAUUUCGUGUAGGAAUGAAAUUAGAAGCAGUAGAUCUCAUGGAGCCACGUUUAAUAUGUGUAGCCACAGUAACUCGAAUUAUUCAUCGUCUCUUGAGGAUACAUUUUGAUGGAUGGGAAGAAGAGUAUGAUCAGUGGGUAGACUGUGAGUCCCCUGACCUCUAUCCUGUAGGGUGGUGCCAAUUAACCGGAUAUCAACUACAGCCUCCAGCAUCACAGUCAUCAAGAGAAAACCAAUCAGCUUCAUCAAAACAGAAGAAGAAGGCUAAGUCCCAGCAAUACAAAGGACAUAAGAAAAAGAGGAAGAUGCCAAUUGGGAAGAAGCCUGUCAGUUUGUCGAGCCUGCCCAUGACAGGUGGGGUGCGGAGGGGCUUCUCUGGUGACGAAGAGUUGACUCCUCCUCCAUAUCGAACCCUUCCAGCACAGACAGCCCCGGAGGCCUUCCCACCUCCCAGCACUAGCCGAGAGUUCAGUCCCAGCCUCAAAACAGUGACGACACUGCAGCUGAAGGAGGAAUUGCUGGAUGGAGAGGAUUAUAAUUUCCUUCAAGGAGCAUCAGAUCAGGAAAGCAAUGGCUCUGCCAACUUCUACAUCAAACAAGAGCCAUGAGGUGGCUCAGAAACUGAGGGCGGGAGGGGGAGGAUUUUACACAGGACUGAUUUAUAAUCAAUCCAGCUGUACAGGGGGCUAUUCUACUGGGACAUUUUGCUAAACAUAGAAGAUUUCAGUUCCAGAUUUUUCAGGUGGGUGGGGGAACUAUUUUAGUCGGGAGGGGGUGGGAAAUUUUCAAUUUAUAAAGAUGGACAAUUUUUGUGUUGUAUUUGAAGCUUUUGAAAGAAUUUUGUAAUAUUUUCCAAGUUUGGAUUUAUGUGCAUUGUUAACAAGAACCGAAAUUCUAACUUUUUUGGUAAGAUUAAAGUUUAGGUAACAGGAUUGAAGGAAAUGAUUUAAGAAGGAUAUAGCUGUUAAAAUGCAAAUGAACUGUCAUUACAAAUGAACCUUUUUGGUACCUGUUGGGAGAUUUUGGGAUUUUUAGAAGUUAGGCCAGUCACAUCUCCAGCUUCUUUGCUGCAGAAAUAUGCAACUGAACUCCUCAUGGAGGGGUCAUCACCACAAAGGUCAUGGAAGGAUCAUUAUUUCUGCUUGUUGGCAUUUUAUUGCAGCCCAUUUUAAAUGUUUGUACAGAAAUAUUUUUCAUUCUGUGAAAAUUUAUUUGGAGUUCUGUAUGAAACUGGAAGAACUCUGGAUACUUUUAUAUGUUCUCUUUUAAUUAAAAAAAAAAUGAUUAGAAUUAUCCUAACACUAAAGUGUUAAACUGGAAUGGUUGACAAGAUAUACAGGAUCUCAGUCUACACAUGGUUGGGGAAAAUGUAAUGUUGUCCUAAGUUUAUUUUCCUUUCUAAAAAAAAUACCCCACGAAAGGGAUUCUGAUCAGUUCUCUGCCAUUUCCCUCUAUCUGUGAAAUAACAGCUUCGUAUAACCACAACCAAAAACAGAUGUUCUGUAUUAGGAGAAUCGAAUUGAAAGUUAUUCAAAGCCAAAAUAAGUUUAGAUUUCAAAAUCAUUCCAGCUCUGCUUUUAUCUAUCCUGGAUUUGGUAGAAAACUAAUUUGAAAGAGAAUUUAAUUUUCUUAAAAUUCCAUAUAUAUAUAUAUAUAUAUAUAUAUAUAUAUAUAUAUAUAAAAUUGUCUUUAAUUGUAUUCAGGAUUUAUUUUAAUAAUAACCGAUUUGGACCAUCUUGAACAUUCCCUGUUUUAAAAUUCACAUGACUUCCUUUAAAAAAAAAAAAAAAAAAGGAUACAAGGGUAAAUUGGUGAAAGGUUUGCUCUCUGCAUUUUCUAACUUUCUACUGAGUUGUGACUGAAUGAGAGCGCUCUAGCGUUUACCAGUGAGGUUCAUAAACUAAACUCUCAGGAAUUAAUUGCAUCUGUUCUAGAAGUGCUUCUGGGUCUUAGCCUGGCCUCUUCAGAGUGGUAAUAUUGACCAUCUCCUCUGGAAUAUAGGUAGGGCUAAUUAGAAAUUAAUCAAAAUGAUUAACCUCUACAGUCCUUCAGCCUAUGGAAUGCUUUAAAAAAUGUUAAUGGAAAGCCCCAGGAGACCAUUUUAGGUAAGAUUUUUGUUUGAAUUUUAAAAUGCAUAGAACGUUAAAAAAAAAACCAGCAAUUUAUUUUCUAAAAUAUUGCUCUACUUUUGGGAAUACUAGCAUUGGUAAUACGCACAGGUUUACCUCAUUCUAUGCAAGAGGGGUUAAUAACAUAAGGUUUUAUAAUAGCUACUGGAAGUAAAAUUUGUUACUUUAUAGUGUAAGAAUGUGUGGAAUCGCAUGUCACCAUUUCUUAAUACUGACUCUUUAGGGGCAUAAAUGCAGAUCACAUCAACGUAAGUUGAUUCUCAUGUGUCAAAUAUAUGUGAAUUCAGCUGUUAAAUUACUGGAUAUUUAUCUUAACAUUGCUGAGAGGGACCUACUGUAUAUGGGACAUCCUCACACUUCCCAUAUCUUUAACUUUGAAAAAUCUUCUCAUAAACUUAAAGCCUAGAAGUAUUCCAAAGCAAGGGUUACAGCAGUCUUUAUUCUCAGGCUCACUGAAUUAAAUCCAGGACUAAUUCCACAGCACAGGCACCAGAAGCCUGUUGUAUAGUGCACUCUGCCAGUACCGUGGAUUUAGGAGCUCCAUGGGGAACUGACUAAACCAGGAGAGACAGGAUUUGGAGCUAGUCAGUCCUGGUAAUCUAUGAAAUGCUCAUUUAUACCCAGGUUUCAUAAGCUUCCAAUUCUAUAGCAAACCCAGGCUCUGAGUGUUUUAGAAUUUCCUAAUUCAUGAAGUGUUUCUUGUCUUGAUCCCGUGACCAACAGUUGAAGGUUGGUAAGGACUUUCCUACAGUCUAAACACAACCUAAAGCCCUCUUUCAUUGUUCACACACUAACUCCUACUGCUGACGAACCGAAAAAUAAUUAAUGCAGAGGAGAUUUAUGUCUUAGCCAUAACUCCAGUUGUACAACUCAAUCGCUCCAUUCUCUUUUACGGUUCAAAAUGUACUGCUGACCUUGGGUUUGUUUUUGUUUUGUUUUGUUUUUCCUGUUAGGAUUUAUUUGGGGACUUUUGGUAGUUUAAACUCUUUAACCUUUUCCUUGCCGUGUAUGAGGAAAGCUAAAGCUGUUAUCAACUUCUUAUUCUACGAUACUAACACGGGUUUUCAGUGUCUGUUUGUUUUUAUUAUUAUUAAUUUUGCGUGAUGUGAAUACCCUCUCCCAUCAAUAUUUGUAUUAUGGUGCUAUAUAUUGGUAAUGAUCCUUUAAUAUUGGGAAGGGAUUUUAAAAAUACUGUGAUUAAACUGGGUUUCUUCCUUUGAUUUUCAUAUUUUAAAUAAAGCCACAGUCAUUUAUACAAAAGAAAAGCAUCUGUCCCUGGGCAAAUCUUUUCAGGACAGAGGUCAAAGUAAACUGCAUAAGGUUUUUACAUCAUUUCUGUAUGUAUUUGAUAUAUAGAUCAAUAUCUGUACAAAUUUAAUCUUUUAUUUUCUUGGUAACUCGUGAUCAUUGAGAAAGUGUUUGAAACUUUCUCAUGAAGUGUAUAUAUAAUGGCGUGAAAAAUUCCUUUGGAAAAAUUUAUGUUCCUUUCAUUUUUACCAAAUUGCAAAUUUUCAGCAUGGAUGUGAAAAGCAUUAAAAUUAUAACUUUGUGUACAAGAUGAAAAUAAUUCACUAAAUUUGCCCUUUUUUACACAAAAUAAAAUGUUAAAGUUAA